GCUCGCCUCCCGCGCACGGCCGAGCGCCCCGGUUGACUCGGCUCCGGCCGCGAGCUUCACUUCGCGAGCGCCGCUCCGCAACACGCCAGCCAGCCAGCCAGCCAGCAGCGGCAAGCGGCACCAUGCCCGGUCCGUGCGAGCGACUGCGGCUGCCCUCGGUGGGUAGCUCCGAGCCCAGCGGCAGCUCACUGCAGAAGGAGCAGCACAAGGUGGUGGUCAUGGGGGCGGCCAGGGUCGGCAAGUCCUCCAUCAUCGCGCAGUUCCUCUACGACAAGUACCUGGAGAAGUACCGCGAGACGGUGGAGGAGUUCCACCAUGCCGAGUACUCGUUGCCAGACGGCGCAUCCCUCACUCUGGACAUCCUGGACACGUCGGGGGCCUUCUCGUUCCCCGCCAUGCGCGCCCUGUCCAUCAAGAAGGCCAACGCCUUCAUCCUGGUGUUCGCCAUCGACGACGCUCGCUCCUGGGAGGAGGUGGCCAACUUGCGCCAGCAGAUCCUGGAGGCGCGCGAACCCCGGGUGCCCAUCGUGGUGGUGGGCAACAAGGUGGACUUGGACGAGGCGCUGGAGAACCAGGGCCAGGCCAGGCCCAUCAAGAGGGAGAUCACGGAGACGACGGCUCGUCUGGACUGGGAGUGCGGCUACAUCGAAUGCUCGGCCAAGGGCAACGAGGGCAUCAUCGACGUCUUCAAGGAGCUGCUCAACGUGUCCAAGGUGCGCUACAACCUGAGCCCCGCCGUCCGGCGCCGGAGGCAGUCCUUGCCGAACUACGUCGGCGGCGGAGGCAGCAGCAGCGCCGCCGCCAAGGCCAAGCACAUGCUCAAGAGGAACUCCUGCGCCGUGGCCUGAACGACCACGACGAUGACGACGACCACGAAGACGGUCUUGCGAAGGGCGCCGAGAGCAGCUGAGGAGAGGGUUCUUGUCUUGUAAUUGGGCAGUCGUUGCCAAGGCUCUCUGUCUCUCUCACACCCCUACGGUACGCCGCUGGGGUGCGGGAGAGACAGAAAGACCCUUCGGUACCAGCUGCCCGGCCCUCGGCGUCCAAGUGGGCACUCGUUGCACUGUUACGGAUUAUGUUUUGUGGAAGCUACACGAGUACUGGGAUGGUUUAAAUGCGCUGGGAUUUAAAUAUUUGCGCAUUCGCGCGUGUCGUGUAGCGUAUAGCGGUGUUGUAAAUUGUACUUAGUCGGCAUUCAAUGGAAACAGUGUGUUAUGAGAUAUCGUUCUUUUAAUUUAAUCUCAUUGUUUGUACUUCGAUGUCAUCUAAUGCUCUGAUAAUACCUUUGUAGAUUUAAAGGUCCACGCGUCCGCGCGCAUUUAAUGUGAUUUAUAUUAUAACGUGUUUAGCUUGGGCUAACGGAUUUUCGACUGAAUCGUUUCAAUUUGUCCGUCGUCUGUAUCUAUUGCGACCUUCUCCCUCUCUGGCCCACAUCCCUCUGAGUGGGCGCAUAAAGUGCCAACUGUCCACGGCGUCACCGGACUCUGUCUCGCUGUGUUCUUCUUACUUGUUGUAAAAAAAAGUCUCAAUUUUGCGCGAAUCUCAAAGAAACGUUUCUACCACGGACCACAGGAGACUGACUGCGCAAGGCAGACCCAAGCUAAGUUGGUUAAUUUAAUAGAUUUAGUCUUUAUUUGUUUUAUUUUCUUCUUGAAUCGGAGCUCGUAGUCUUAAGAUGUGCGGAGGCAGUAAAUGUGUACGCCACAUCAUGAAGCAAAGGAUAAGAUUCCUUUGCAUGAGAGAUGAUAAAUAAAUAUCCUGACUCGAGGUGGGGUGGGAACGCCGUAAUUUCGAAAUCAGUCCCGAAACAUAGUGCUCCUCGCAGCCAAAGGGGCAUGGACUGACUAACAGUGCGGUUGUCGUCUUGCCUCACCUUCUGAAUGGCGGUUUAAUAAAUUCAUGUCAUUCAUGUCGUAUUAUUCACGCUAUGUAUAAAAUUGUACAGGCAUAUAGGAAAUGCGUCAUUUGUAAACCUGUAAUACUUAAUCGCAUUUUGUGGUUCUUAGAUUUAAUAUUCCGCAGCCUAUAUGUAUACCAGCAGCAUUUAAAUCAAAGUUAUCCUUGCGCUUGCUGUUGCGAAUUCGUGCCAAUAGUUGUCCUGUGUACAAUGUGCCCUUUCUGCCACCUUUUUUUCGGCACAGUUGGCAGUGGACCGACUGUCGGUCGGUGGCUCCGUCCCCCUGUCUUGCUUUGCGCAGCAGCAGGUCUCGCUGAGGAUGCGUUUAUGGCGUUAGACGUGGUUUUGCAUAUUUUGCCAUGCAGAUGAGACCGCUAGUUCUAUCACCACGAUCAGCCAACGCGUGCCAGCUAUGCCGAGCCACCCCUACCCCCACCACCUACCUGUCGCUUCGUAUCUCCCCCUCCCCCUUUUUCCCCCGCAAACUCCUUCCCCUCCUGCGCUCCACAACUCCUUUUUGAUUCUUUGAUCUGCACGGUUUCAAUCCUCUAACCAAAACCCUGUGUUCCCUUCCCCUCCCGUUUUGAAUCAUCUUGUUUUUACGUGUGCCUUCUGCAAGGCUCUAUAAAGUAUUAUUAUUUUGUAAUUGACUAGGGAAAAAAGUGCUUGCCGAGGGGCUUGCACUACAUCUAGCUUUAGGCACGACCCCGGUCGUCUGUUGCAACCGUAAAAAAAUGUGAACUGAGUAUUAAGCUAUUUGGGCUGUGCGUUUUAUUUUCGAUGAGAAAAUUAGGAUGGGUAUGGAAAACUGUAUAUUUUAUGAUUGAAGACGUAGCUUUUGGAAUCGUGUUUAAUGCAUGCUUAUCAUGCUGGAAAAGAGAUGCACUGGGUUGCUAGUUUUGUUCCUUGUUUUAUAUUUGCAAGAAGGAGCUUCGUGCAGAAAUUUUGUCGAGGGUUCCUGUAUUAAUCAUCGCCAGCGGCUCUGCAACGCGCUACACUAUUCAACAUUACGUAGAUCGAGGGAGAGCAGGUGUGUUAUUUAUCUUUGUGAGAGAUGUGUGAAAAUUAAUGUCAACCGUUUAGUUUCAGUUCAGCGUAUUUAUGUACCAUUUCAUGUAACGUUUUUGCUGAAAUAAAAGCCGAUUGUGAUUAUCGUGAAAUAUAA